CGCGGUUAAAAAUUUCGGAUUCGAUUCCUCCCAGGUCCAGCACCCCACCCCGAGUACCGACGGGGCGAACCCUGCUGGCUGCUGCAGACCCAGCGAGCCGCCGCACCGCGAGCCAGCACCAUCCACCAGCGCAGGCCGGAGACCGACUCCCCCAUCCUAAAACCCCCCGCCCCGCAGCCCCGAGGCGACGAAACCAGCUGCGCAGCGCCGACCACUCGCGGUCCGCGGAGAUGCCGCUCGCCGCCGCCUCGCGCCCGUGAGCCCGGCAUUCACCGGGAAGGCGAGGGGGAGGCCCGCCCGGCGAGGACCCGGGGCGGACUCCGAUUCGGCGGAUCUUGAGGGGGUGAGCGUCUCGCUGGUGUUUUCUGGCGGAUUGUCCCCGCAUUCCAGCUGCGGCCGCCGGGAUUGAGGGCGCCGUCUCCUGAGGGAAAGCGAAAGGGAGCGGGCGUCUUUGGGAUCGAGAAUCAGCGAAAAGAAAAGGGAGGGAUCUUUUGGGGGGACUGUUUGAGCUUUUGGGGUUUAGGGGCUUCCGACCGAUGGAUUUCUUCAAGAUCAAGAAGUUCGGGAAGGGCAAGAAGGGCGCCGGGGGUGGUGGCGAGAUAGUGGAGUCCGAUGAUGAGGCCCACGCCGCCGGGAAUGUGGCCUCCGAGGAGCAACAGAAGGUUGACAUUUUAGGGGAGAAAGCUGAGGAGACAGAGGGUGCAGUUGCAGGCAAUGGCGCGGUGGAGGAAGUGACGGAGGAGGAGGAGGAGGAGGAGGAUGACGAUGAUUUCAUCACGACUGAGGUGAAGCGGAGGCUCAAGGAGCUGCGGAAGAACAGCUUCAUGGUGCUCAUCCCCGAGGAGGAAUGCGCCGAGGUUGAGGAGGACGGCGGGGAGGAAGGGGAGGAGGAAGGGAGCAGCUCCAGGGAGUGGUUGGAGUCAGAUGUCGGCAACGGGUUCCCACUUUGCGGGUUCGAUUCGCUGUAUGAUAAAUACUGCGAGAGGAUGCUGGUGUUUCAUAAGAUGAUCACGCAGCUCAUGAAGGAUCCAGAAUCACUGAACAUGUCCAAAAAGUCUCCAAGAUCUGCAUCCAAAUUGGCAUCUACCCUGCGUAGCCUCUCAUUCAAAAGAAGGGAAGAGCUCCAGGAGGAUUGUGAACAACUUCAGCAACAGCAAAGCGAAGAUGAUCCAUAUCAAACACUUGAAACAGCAUAUGUUGCUCAUGUUUCAUUAAGCUGGGAGGCUCUGCAUUGUACAUAUGUGCACCUGAGCCUUAUAGUUGCAGCGCAACCUGAUAAUCCUACAACAUACAGCACUGCUGCUCAAGCAUUCCAGCAAUUCCAGGUUCUGUUGCAGAGAUUCGUUGAAAAUGAGCCAUUUGAGCAUGGUACCCGGGUUGAGAUAUAUGCACGGUCCCGGAGCUUGUUGUCAAAGUUGCUUCAGGUCCCCACUUUUCAAGUUGCAGAUAAGAAAGAUAACACCGAAGACCAAAUGGAACCAUCGAUUUUUGCACCUGAUCUCAUUAAGUUGUUAGAGGAGUCUAUCCUAACUUUCUGCCUUUUCCUGAAGAAGGACAAGAAAAAGAAUAGUGCUCAUGGCCACACUGGAAGCUCGAUUCAUCAAGUGCAAUCUUCACUCGAUAAGAAGGAGGCGAAGGUGAAGGAGCUGUUCAAGAAGAAGAAAGGGUGGAAGAGCAAGACCUGGCCAGCCACAAUGGAGGAGGUUCAGCUGCUGUUCGCCCUGGUCGACAUCAAGGUGGUGUCGCGGGUGCUGCGGAUGGGGAAGCUGAGCAAGGAGCAGCUGCUGUGGUGCGAGGAGAAGAUGAGCAAGGUGGACCUCUCCGAGAACCGGCUGCGCCGCGACGGGUCCCCCAUCCUCUUCCCCUGCUGACGCCACCGGCACGCCAUGCGUGGCACCUCCCUUCCUGAGUUCCUGUUAGCUGGCGCCCGGCGUAGCUCGCCUACCUUAUGAUGAUAAUAUGUACAUGCCUUUAGGUCGAAUUGGAAUGUCCAUACUAAAGUAGGGCUUAAACAUGUGGUUCAGUCGGAGCUUAUGCAAUGCAUUGCAACAUGGGCGACAUGCUUCGUUUCACCCGGGAACAGGUUUGCUGAAACCUGGGAUGUUACAGUCAACCAUGUCUGGUUUAGCCUAACAUGAUGUUAACUGUUAAAUAAGGCCA